UGUAUACGGUUUAGGUACGGAUACUGUACGGCUUUUUUAGUUGCCUGAGAGAAAAUAAAAAAAGAAAGUGGUUGUUUAUUAAACUCUACUGGUUUAUGACAAAAAUUCUUAUGAUCUGUGCGGUUUACAAAUGACUGUCGCACUCUUAAAUAUUCGUUUUGAAAUCUGUAAUCAAUUUGACUCAGUUCCAGACAUAAAAUUUAGUGCAAAGGGGUUUGUUGUAUCUGUUGACAGUUCAGUGAAUAAACCAAGUUACGCAUCUAUUGUCCAAGAAGAAACACCCCCACCAACCCCUGACGAAGAGAGAUCCAUUGGCCUAAGUGAUUAUCGUGGUUGUCGGAAACCACAUGAAAUACAGAUAGAGACUUACAACUGUGAAGACUUUGACCUUCUGGGAAUUGAAGCGUAUUUAGAAGCGAGUCAUAGUUCAAUGACCUCUUACCUCGCUUCAGAAACAGAUGCUGGUGUAUUGAAAAAGGAUUUAUCAGUAAGAAAGGCUAAAUCUAUUGAUAAAGAUGAAAAGGAGCAGAAAGAACUUCUAGAGAAGGUAGUAACAGACUCUGAGCAUGUUUCAGAAAAGGUAAUACAAGAUAGUGGAGUGAGACCCAAAUCACAAAGUCCAACACCCAAGGCAGGUUUAUCUGCAAUCCAUUUCUACUCUGGUAAUCCUGCUGUGGAAAAGGUGAAAGGGAUACUGCAUAUCUACAAGGAUAACCAUUUAACCAGCCUAUCAGAGGAGACCCAGAGGAGUGAGUUGAUCUGUAUGCUAGCGGUUCCUGCCAAAUACACCAUACAUGAUCUACUAAAGUUUAAUGGACCAUGCCUGUCUGGCAUAGAGUAUAUGAGAAUUAUAAGAGAUGGUUCACCUAACCAAUAUAUGGUGCUAGUCAAAUUCAGAAAUCAGAAACUGGCAGAUGAGUACUACACAGCAUAUAACAACACAACAUUCAACAGCAUAGAGACAGAUAUAUGUCAUCUGGUGUAUGUUGGUAGAGUUGAAAUGCUCAAAGAAUCUGAGAAUGCUUGUUUACCAGUUCCUGGGAUGACUGAGCUACCGAAUUGUCCAGUGUGUCUGGAAAGAAUGGAUGAGUCAGUUGAUGGUAUUUUAACUAUAUUGUGCAAUCAUGCAUUCCAUAUGCAGUGUUUGGACCAGUGGGGAGAUACAAGUUGUCCGGUGUGUAGAUACUGUCAAACACCAGAAGAGGCCGCUGAUAAUAGAUGUAUGAAAUGUGGUUCACAAGAGAGUUUAUGGAUCUGUCUAAUCUGCGGAAACAUUGGUUGUGGACGUUAUGUUGGUUUACAUGCCUUCAGACAUUUUCAAGAGACACAUCAUACGUAUGCUAUGGAGCUAGGUAACAAUAAAGUGUGGGAUUAUAUAGGUGAUAACUACGUCCACCGACUGGUUCAAAAUAAAUCAGACGGUAAAUUGGUACAAGUUGACGAGGGAGGAAAUCCGGUAGAAAAUGACAAAAUGGAUGCUCUUAAUCUAGAGUACACAUAUUUGCUAACAAAUCAGCUGGAGUCACAGAGAUUGUAUUUCGAGGACAAGAUGGAAGAAGUUGAAAAAACUGUUUUAGGAAAGGUACACUUGCUGGAGGAAGAGAACUUGUAUCUAGCAGAACAAUGUAGUCAUUUACACGUCACAUUGGAGGCUUCUAACAAAGAGAAACAACUCAUGGAGAAAAAAUGUAACCAUCUACAGACACGUCUUGAAAAAAGCACUACACGAUCUGCAAGAAAGAGGAAAGAGAUGAAUAAGUGUUACUUGACAAUCAAAAAGUGUUGGCAGAAACGAGUUACUACCAUUGGGAGUCCAGAAUUCCAAAAGAUUUUACAACUUCCAAAAAAGAUAAGUUUACACUCUGGGAGAUUGGUCUAUCCAGAGAUUCAGGAAUUGAGGGAGCAGCUACGUGAUGUCAUGUUUUAUGUUGAAGCACAAGGAAAACUUAAAAAUGCCGAGGGCGUGUCACAAGAGGAAAUACAAGGCAGUCAAGUUGUGGUCGGGGCCUCCUCGGAGACGUCACCACAAAAUCGUAAAACGAGAAAAAAACAAAGAUGAAAGUUUAAAUGUGUUUAUCAUUUUGUUGGGUCUUAUGAAAAAAAGCAUUACACA